AUGAAUUCGAAGACGAUCGCGCCGACGAUCGUCCUGGCGAUCCUGGCGAUCACGGCAACGCCGCGAUGCCAGGGAAAAUUCGAGGGCUACAAGAUGUCCCUGAAGCCGUGCAAGCACGAGAACGCCGUGGACCUGGAGCCCGAGCGGCCGACCAUAUGCAUGUUUCACCAGGACUGUCUGCGCCUGAGGGGGUCGGUAAUCGACACCUGCCGGGACGGAUUCAUGAUCGGGGCCUGCUGUCAGCUGCCCAAGAACUACUUCGUCGCGAGCAGCCCCGAGACGACAACGACAACGACGAGCAGCUCGUCCGCUUUCCCAGCUGUAAUUUCGAGCGCGGUGGAAUUUCUAUUAAAUAGCGUAGCUUUCGAAAAAUUAAAUGUCACCGACGCUACCGUUGGUGAAAUCAAUACCACGGAAUCGAAUGAAAAUGUAACGACGACAACAACAACGAGUACGAAGACGAUCGAACAAAGUGUCAAGCCGAUGGAUUCGACCACCGAGGCGGCGGUGACCGAGACGCCUCCGAUGAUCGACCCAACGCUCGGCGGCGAAACUAUUGCCGAUCCCGUGACGACGACGACCGUAAGGAGUUUGAAGGACGACGCGACAUCGACGACGACGACGUCGACAACGAUGAAGGUGACGACGAUCGAAGAAAUCGUCGAGCAAGCAAUCACGGCAGCAGCAGAGUUGAACACUGCAGCGGUGACCGAGUCACCGGAGAUGACUUCUACUCCGAGCGGCGAAACCGUGCCGGUGAAUUCGACACCGGUUACUUUUGCCGCUACCCUGGCGACGGUGCAAAGUUCGCCGGACGAUGCGACGACUACGCCGAGAACGACAACGACAACAACAACUUCCGGCCCAACGACGACGACAACGACGACGACGACUUCCGGUCCGGACUCGAUCGCCGAUAAAAUUCCGAUGCCCGAUUUCGAGGAUCCAGAUUUGGAGCUGAAGAUCAACAUGCUCGUCAAGAAGAUAGUCCAGUCCUUGCAGCCGAAUUUUCAGGACUUGAAGGACAUCGUCUACAAGAAGAACGUCACCACGACGACUUCUACCACGGAGAAACCAAAUGUCACCGAUGCAACUUCCGUGAAUAAGAAGCCCGAAGCCGUGCUGACGGCGAGCGAAAGUUCAACGACCUCGACCUCAACGACGACGACAACGGCACCAAGUACUACGACGUCCACUACGAAAAAACCGACCGAAAAGAAGGCCUCCACUACCAAGAGACCCACGACCAGCGUCCAGGUCGAAGCUGCAGCGGUGACGACCCCGAAGCCCAAGCGCACGACCACGCCGUUCCCCAAGAUCACGCCCAAUGCCCACUUCCGAUCGAUUUGCGGAAUAAGGCCACUGGCUCAGAAUACGAAGAAGCGACGCGCUCGAAUCGUCGGCGGCGAGAACGCCUACUUCGGCGAGUGGCCCUGGCAGGUGAUGAUCCAGGAGACCUCCUGGCUGGGCUUCGCGCCCAAGAACAAGUGCGGCGGCGUCCUCAUCACCGACAGACACGUCCUCACCGCGGCCCACUGUCAGCCUAGCCUGUUCAACUCGCUGUACGCCGUGUUCGGCGAGUGGGACACGAAGAGCCGGAAUCCGCCGAAGCGCAGCGUGACGCGCAAGGCCAGCCGCAUCAUCGUCCAUCCGGACUACGAGAGCGCCACCUUCGAGAACGACCUGGCCGUGCUCGAGUUCGACAAGCCCAUCAAGUUCGACGAGCACAUCAUACCGAUCUGCCUGCCCGACGAUCUCAACAAGAACUACGACGGCGAUUACGCCUGGGCAACGGGCUGGGGCCGAGUCGAGCAUCGUGGGUAGAUAGCUCACGUCUUGCAAAAGGUCAAGGUGCCGAUAAUCGACAACUCCGUCUGCCAGUUCAUGUUCAAUCAGACGAGGGCCGGCCAGACGAAGAAGAUCGUCGACAGCUUCCUGUGCGCCGGCUUCGCUACGGGCCAGAAAGACGCCUGCGAGGGCGACAGCGGGGGUCCCUUGAGCAUGCUGCAGCCCAACGGCAGGUGGAUGCUCGUCGGCACCGUGUCCCACGGCAUCAAGUGCGCCGCUCCUUAUCUGCCCGGCGUCUACAUGAAGAUGACCCACUUCAAGCCGUGGAUCAAUCGCGUCACCGGGCAAUUUGCCAAGCGCAGUAAAAACCCCUGGUUUUUCUGA